AGGACAGCUGCUGGACACGCGGACAGUGUUGUCCUUGUCUCUGACUGCGUGUUCGGUAGAGUUUGUAGUUUCUGGAAAGCCGAAGGGCGUGGCUUGGGCUGACGACAGGAAGCUCUGACAUUUUGGGAAACAGAGCGACGAAAGUGCUUGUUGCGUUCGCACCUCACACUCGACAUCAUGUCCAGGUCAGACUACCCUCCAGGGUAUGAUGACUCUCGUGGCCCGCUGUAUGUACCUCAGGACGGGCCAUACCCACCUCCCCCUGCCUAUGGCUUUCCAGCUUAUGGGGGUUUCCAGCCGGACCAGCCGUCUGCUCCCUACCCCUCUGGACCAAACGCUCCUAUGUUCCCAGGCCAGCCAGCAGGCUACCCUCCUGGCCCAUACCCGGGACAACCUCACAACGCCGGGCCUCCAGGGGCAGGCUACCCUAGGCCACCUCCCAUGCCCCCUAUUAUUCCCCCUACCAUACCAUCAGAUGUCCUGAGCUCUGGUGAUGGUUUUGCGGCCCGCGACAGCGAUUGGGACAGUCUGAGUAUUCGGCACGCCUUCAUCAGAAAGGUGUAUUUGGUUUUGGCGGCUCAGCUCCUCGUCACCACAGCCAUCGUUGCUAUAUUCACCUUUGUUGACUCUGUAAAAUCUUUCAUACAGCAGAACCAAGCUCUCUACUGGACAGCAUAUGGCAUAUAUAUCGUCGUCCACCUUGUACUGGUCUGUUGUAAAGGCCCCAGGAGGAAGUUCCCAUGGAACGUCAUCCUGCUGCUCAUCUUUACAGUGGCUUUGUCCUACUUGACUGGAACCAUAUCCAGUUACUAUAACACAAAAGCAGUGUUUCUCGCAAUGGGGAUCACCGCUGUUGUCUGCAUUGCCGUGACCAUAUUCUGCUUCCAGACAAAGGUCGACUUCACCAAGUGUCAGGGUCUCUUCUGUGUCCUGGGGAUCGUAUUAUUAGUCACCGGCAUCAUUACCACCAUUGUGCUGUCCUUCGAAUACAUUCCUUGGCUUCACAUGCUUUAUGCAGCUUUUGGAGCCAUAGCCUUCACUUUGUUCCUAGCUUACCACACACAGCUGCUGAUCGGCAACAGAAAACACUCCAUCAGUCCGGAGGAGUACGUGUUCGCUGCUCUCUCGCUCUACGUCGACAUUGUCCAGAUCUUCCUCUUCCUGCUGCAGAUCAUUGGCUUUGCGACCAAAUAAAUCCACAAGGGCGUCACCGCGCAAACAAGCAUCCAGCUGCAAAUCCAUUCCAUGCUUUUUUCAAACCUCUGCUUGAUUUCACUCAGAAUCAGAACACAUGUAUGAAGUCAUGGUGCACUUCGGGGAGCAGGAAGGGCUGAAUUUUAUAUUUUGUCAGUGUAGGUUCAUCAUAUGCACACAAAAAUGCACUUUUUUUUCUGAAAUCGCUAAUUGUCUGAAUCUGCAUAAACAACUUACCGGUGUUUAGCCAAGAAUAUUGGUACUACAGUAUAGAUACCUGUUGACAUUGGAAGCUGCUCCGUUUAUUUAUCCUUGCUGGACUUCAGUUAAUUCGAUCGGUGACAUUUUUCUCUCCAUGAACAUGGACUGCUCCUUAUAAGUUUUUCUGUAUAAAUGUUGAGAGGUUUGUUCUAAUUUUCAAUCAGAUUUUCAAACUUCGAGGCUGCCUCUGUACUACAGGCUGAUGUACAGUAGGGGUGGGCAUUAUCCAAACAACUGCUUCUUUUCUAAACCAAGUAACAGGGCCAGGAUCGUUAUCUCCAUACAGACUUAGAAUUAUUCAUUUUAAUUAUUAAAAGUAACAAAUGUAAAAAUGUGCCCUGAUUUGUGACAUGAAUUUCUAAUUAAUAGGCUGCAUCUAAAUAUGUUCCACUUACCAUGUGGAUAAUGUGCCAAAUGUUCAGAGUUUAUCCUGACUCUCUGUAAGGGGGGGCAAAUGUAUAUUUUUACACCAACAUAUACAAGGUCUUCCCACUAGCGUCUCUGAAGUAUGUUUGUGUCAUCCAUGUGUAUAUUAGUGUCGGAGUCUGGUAGCUGGAUUUAUUUUCCUUGGGAGAGGGCCAGGCUCAUGGUCUCCCUCUCUUCCAACCAUCACUCUAUAGAAAGCUAACUGCAAGUUGUGUCGUCUUCACCAAAUUAGCAUUUUUCUCAAAAUGUAUUAAUUAUACACGUCAAAAGCAAUGUUAAAUGUGAACUCUUUGACAAAUAGAACCAAUGCUAUGGUUGGUAUCGAUCCUACUGACUCCAAAUGAUAAGCAAACACUUCCUUUUGGUUGUAUCAAUACUUUGGAGUAUAACAUGCCCACCCCUGAAGUACAGCUCAGUAAUGACACUCUUGUUCUAAUGUUAUAAUUUACAUACAUCACCACAACAACCUUUCAGAGGAUUACUUUGUUUUACUUUAAGAAGUGCAGGGAUAUAUUCAUUAAUCUUUAAUAGUAUUGUUCCCUACCGUAUGUGCCUCGUCAUGUAAUAGAGUUUGGUCGGACGCUGACUCAGCAGGGCGGAUCUUUCCACUGGGAAGAUCAAUCAUUGCCAAAGUGAAUUGAAUUGAAUUACUGGAACACUAAUGACGUUUGGGGCGUUCCAGCUUGGCACCAUGUCCACAAUCUCUGACAUGAUCCGGUCCAGACAGCUGGUCCUCCACACACACACACACACACCACUGGCUAAGGUUAAAUAUAACCCUCGACUCUAAAUAAACAAGGGAAACAUUCUGAGUGUGCGGCUGGGUUUGUUAAUAUGUCCCAUCAGUGCUUAAGAAAAUCUGUUUGCCUUUUUUGUAUUAAAUAAAACUGUUUUAUUUGA